AUGCGUGCCCUCAUCCGUUUGUUGCUUUGGGUCAGCCUUCGGGCGACGACCUGGUUUCCAGCCCAGCAACAGUCAUUGUCUGCCCGGCACAAACCGAAUAUUGUUUUUGUCUUGACAGACGAUCAGGAUACUCAUCUUGGCUCUUUGGAUUAUAUGCCUCAUGUGCAGAGGCAUCUCCUGAAUAGCGGUACAUACUAUCGCAGCCACUACUGCACGACCAGUGUCUGUUGUCCGUCGCGCGUAACACUAUGGACGGGCAGGCUGGCCCACAACACCAACGUCACUGACGUCAAUCCUCCAUACGGUGGUUACCCCAAAUUCAUCUCCCAGGGCUUCAACGAAAACUACCUCCCCGUCUGGUUGAGGGAGGCCGGAUACAAUACCUACUAUGUCGGCAAGCUGUUCAACGUCCAUACCGUCGACAAUUACAAUUCUCCGUUCCCAAAUGGUUUUACGAGCCAUGAGUUCCUCCUCGAUCCAUACACAUAUGACUAUUUGAACAGUACAUUUCAGCGGAAUUAUGAGGCCCCGAGAAGCUACGAAGGAGAGUAUGUCACAGACGUCCUCGCGCAGAAAGCAUACACGCUUCUUGAAGAGGCCGCCGAAGCCCAAAAACCCUUUUUCCUCACAGUCGCUCCAAGUGCUCCGCAUUGCAAUGUGUUCAUGAAUGGGACAGGCCUAGAUGAGCACCCCUUUUUCGAUUUUGGCGCGCCAAUUCCUGCGAAAAGACACCAACAAUUAUUCGACGAUGCGAAUGUUCCACGAACACCCUCAUUUAAUCCAGAGAUUCCCUCGGGUGCAAACUGGAUCAAAACGCUGAGACGCCAGAAUCAAACUAAUGUCGAAUACAAUGACCAUUUCUACCGUAACAGACUCCGAGCUCUGCAGGCUGUUGAUGAGAUGGUCGAUGGCAUUUUCUCUCGCUUGGAGGGGCUUAGCCUCCUCGAUAACACAUACGUUGUUUAUAGUAGUGACAAUGGCUAUCAUAUCGGGCAGCAUAGGCUCCAACCGGGAAAGUCUUGUGGGUUCGAAGAGGAUAUUAAUGUACCCUUGAUCAUUCGUGGACCAAGUGUACGCGAGAAUGUGACCACGGACAUUGUCACGACGCAUACUGACCUGGCCCCAACAUUUUUCCGAUUGCUCGGAAUCCCCUUGCGAAGCGACUUUGACGGCGAGCCAAUACCUGUGACGAGGGAGCAGAUAGAGUCACCAUAUCUCAAGAGGCAGGAACAUGUCACUGUGGAGUAUUGGGGAUUUGCAGCUGGCGAAGGCAUCUAUGACUUUGACUUGUCCGCUUACAACAACACUUACAAGGCCAUCCGGAUCAAGGGGGCCGGGUACAAUCUUUAUUAUUCAGUUUGGUGCAACAAUGAGCAUGAGCUCUACGAUCUGGAUACCGAUCCACAUCAAAUGACGAAUCUUUUUUCGGAAAAUGAGAAAGUCUCCUCGUCACAUCAUAUACUGGGGAUAGGCAUCCCAAAAGUUGUUCCAAGAUUGGACUCGCUGCUACUGGUUCUCAAGUCCUGCAAGGGCAAAGUAUGCGUCUCUCCGUGGAAGGCGCUGCAUCCUAAUGGAGCAGUCAAUUGUUUGAAAGAUGCGUUAAAUGAGGUAUAUGAUCAUUUCUACGAGGUGGAGCAAAGUACAAGAGUUGUUUUCGAUGAAUGUGUGCGUGGGUACCUUCUCGAUGCCGAGGGCCCGCAAUUCGACUUUGAUCGUGACGGGCAGGGAAACAAUCUUAUACGCGAUGGCCUACUAUGGCACGAAUGGGUCUGA